UGGCGCAUGUGUUUACGUCACUGCCCCUUCGCAAAGACACCAAAUAAAUUCCAAUGGCAUAUUCGUAGCUCAUUCUCCCGUAAAAAUCAUUCAAUACGAUAUAUAUCUAUCAACAAAGAUUAAAACGUUAACGCACUUGUUAUUGUAUUAAUAGAAAUGUUAUUCACCGUUAUGAUUUUAAUUGCAUGGAUAGCCUGUGGACAUGGACGAGGCAGCUCGAGUGAUGUCUAUUCGACGAACAGCCACAGUAUCGAGGAAAUUGGGAACGAUGUUUUUUUUGAAAUUGUUCAUCCCCCAGAAUUGCAGUUUACGUACAGGGUGAGACCGGCUCGAAGUUUUGGAACAAAUUUCAAUUCAAGUUUUUCGGAGAAAAACAUUGCUCUCAUUCCGACAAUACCUUCAGAUUGCUGUGGACCACCGGACAAUGCUGAUGACUUAUUCGGAGCAGUUGCAUUAAUUGAGAGGGGCGGCUGCACCUUCGAUAAGAAAACGGCAAAUGCUGAAAAAGCUGGAGCAAAAGCGGUGAUUAUUUCAGACCAUAUACUUACCGCCGAGAGAGACAGAAACAGUCCCAUGUGGAAAGAUUACAAUUAUGUCGACAUGGAUGCUGGGGCAGAUAGUUCCUUUGAUAUUAACAUUCCAGCUGGUUUUUUGUUGGGUAAAAAUGGCAGAAUGAUUAGGGAUACUUUGAGACAAUUAAACCUUCCCCAUGCCAUUAUCAAUAUACCGGUAAAUCUUACUUUUACCCCCCGACAUGCGUACAACAGACCGACAUGGGUUCAUAUAUAAAUCGGAGCGAGGUAAAAUAUAAUCGAAAAUUAAUUUUUUACCAUUUCCUAUUUGUUUGGUGAACCGCGAAUUUUUUGACGUGUAAAUCAAUAUGUAAAUAUUCGAUAUGUUUAGGGAUAUCAACGUAUUUUAAUUAUUGUUACGCUUCAUGAGAUAUCUCUCUAUUUUUGUAGUUUCCAGACAUUUCGAAGUAAUUUUACUACUUAAAUUUCGUAGAUUUAAAUUCCGAAUCUCGAUAUUAGAUUUUUUAAGCGUAAAUUCUUGACGAAAUAAUUGAAAAUUGAAGUUUUUGUAAAUUAUGAGAAUUUUCUAUAAAUUAAGAAAAUUGAGUAAGUUUUUCCAGUUGAGGGAAAUCCUUGUAAAGCAGCUCUCGAUCGUAACCUCAAGUUUUACUCUGCCACUGUCAAUAAUAAUCAAAAGAAAAUCGAUCACUCAUUUUGAUGACAAUUGCAUCAAUAAAUAUUUAUAACACAGCAAUAAUAUAUUAUAUUAUCAUUCUAUCAUCGUGUAUAUAGUAAUGAACAAAUACGACGUUAUUCUAUUUCCAAUAAUAUUGUAUUGUAAAGAUUAUGAUAAUAUAAUACUUAUAUUUGUAUAAACAUUCAAGAGCACAUCGUCCUGAAAUUCAGGCAAUGUCAUUGUGAUAAACAGAGACCUACCAAAGCUGUACAUAAGUGUAUUCCAUCGCUCAAUGAUAAUUAUAUAAGUAAUGAAUAAAAAGCAUAUUGUAUGAAAAUA